CCGGCCGGCCGGCCGGUUGGUUUCUUUUACCGGUUGAAUAUGAUCACUAUUUACUGUUAUUAGUUACCGACCCAUCUGCCUUUUUACACCAUGAUUAUUCUGUGACACAGGUUAUUUAAUCCAAAGAUUGUAAUUUGAUUUAUAAUAUAUAGAUGGGAACUCAUCACUUCUAGAAAGUAAGAGCCAAUUGAAAACUUAUCUAUUUAUUAACUGCUUUUCUAUCCCCUACAAAAGGAUAUUUUGGCGUCAUAAUCACAAAGGAUAUCAUUUAUUAUGAAUGAGUGAAUUCUUUAAUGUUGUUCAAUAUCCAAUGAUGACCAAGGAUCAUAACCACCAAUUGACACCACCAAAUUAAUUAUAACAACUCAUAUUAGUACCUUUUUUAUAAAUUCUAAAGAAUGGUUCGGAGUUUAAAACAUUUAAGAUAAAUUUGUAUUAUCCAUUUCGACGGAACAACCGUUGCAGGAAGAAGUUAAUACUAAAUAAUACACAAAUUGGUAAUUCUAUGAGCAGAACAAACAAAUCAUAAUUAUUCUAGGAUAGGUAAUAUUAAUUUGUUCCAAUGUAUGCAACUAAUGAGCGAAAUAAUUGCAUCCUAAAUUGUUUAGAAAAUUUUAAGUCUUCCCAUCAAUCUUCUGAAUGCCUCAGGUCAUAUUACUCAAGACCUUCAAUCAUAAUUGUUACUUUGAAUUACUCAAAAGAAAUUGUUUUCACUCACUCAGGAAAUUUUGUUCACACGCAAAUUCAAUCAUAACAGCAAUAAUCUACGUGUAUAAAUUGAACAUUCUCACUUGAAUAGUCAGUGAUCAAUUACGCACAUCAGAAGUUUAUUUUACUGAUCCAAAACAGUUUCUUGAAAAUUGAGUUCGUCUUCAUCAACAUUACCGUCAUUAUCAUCAGUAAAAAUAUUUCAACGGAUGAGUUCCUGUCAUUCACAAAAAUAUGAAGAGUUGUGGUCCUUUUCACCAUCUGCAUCAUCAACCCUAUCAACAUUGUCAGGCGUGUCGAUAGCCAAGAGAAUAUUACAAAGCAAACAACAACAAGUAUGGAAUAUCUUUCUUUCAACCGGUAUACUUCAAGUUGGUUUCCAGUGCCUUUGAAAUUAAAAGAUGCCUUUCUUUCCAAACUAUUGAUAGAAGUAACAUUAUUGGCUAGUUUAUUAUCAUACAUGAUACUGCCUAGCGCUUGUUGUUUAUCAAGACAUGGUGAUUUGUUUACAAAUCUGGAAACAACACCCCAACCAUUCAAAAAUAAUGGAAAACUUGUAAACCUAUCUCAAACCUCUUUUACUGCAAAUUUUUUUACAAACUACCAAAUAACAUCAGAUUACAUUAAUGUAGAUUAUUCAUAUUUCACUUGUAAAAAUAACAAUACAACCGUUGAUACUAUUACUACUACUACUUCUUACAGGAAUAGUGACUGGUAUGUUCAAGACAUUGAACAUGAUACUUCAAGUCCGAAUACCUUCGGUUUUAGUCACAUCAACUAUCAUGACUUCAAUUACUCAGUUAUUGGUAAUUAUCUAUGUCAUCAUAGUAGUACUGGAAAUGAAAUGUCAAAAGCAGGUUGUCACGCUGAAAAUGAACGAAAAAUUACAGUUAUUCAACAAAUCGAAACAAUGAAAUCCAAUGAAUAUCCUAUAUACUUUCAAAAAUACCAGACAAACAGAAGUCAACUUUCACAUGAGCAUUGCAAUGAAAUGUCUAAUUAUGAAGGUCAGGAUACAUGGGUUGGCGUACAGGCAAAAGAAGGCAAUAAUCCUUUUUAUAAAAGAUGUUAUAACCAGCUGGAACUGUCAUCCAAUUCUUAUUCAUGUGAGUUACACAAAACAGCAAUUGCUGAGUCUACGAAAGUUCAUGAGUUGACUGCAAUGAUGCUCACAUCCCAUCUAGACAAAUCUGUGACAAGUAAAUCCAGCCAUUUUCAAACUGAACAUUCCAGAACAUAUCAGGGACAUGAACAAUACAUGAAAAGAACGUCUGAAAAUCUUAUAGAUAAUAAAAUAACCAGUAAUGCUGUUAAUUGGUAUGGAAACAGUCAUCCAGUACGUAUGGAUCAGAAACGUAUACAUAUUGUGGAUCAUCCAUCAUUAUCACCAUCAGCAGUUGCAAAACAGUCAAUCCCAGAUUCCAUCUAUAAAUCAUCUUCAUCAAUUAAUGAUAUUUCACAUUCUUUAACAAUUGAAUUAUCACCAUCAAGUAAACAUAAAAAAGACAAUGAAGACAAUAACAAAAAUCCAAUACUGAGCUUUCAGUAUGUGGAACCACAUACAGUUGAAUUACUUGUAGUAAUAACCGAAAGAAUGAAACAGCAGUUUGGUUCAAUGAUCAAUGAAUAUUUACUGUCCACUAUGACAACAGUUUCAACGCUUCUACGACAUCCAAGUUUAAAAACUUCAAUUCAGUUAAGCAUCGUUGAUAUAAUAAUUUUGGAUCCUAUUUAUGCGCGUAGACAUAACCUUGAAGAUUGGUUGAACAGUAAACAAGAACAAGUUAUGGCUAGAUUUUGUAAAUGGGUCAAUCGGUUAAGAAGUUCUACCUUCACCUGGGAUUCAGCUAUUUUAUUAAAUGUAGGACAUUUCAAGUCAACCGCACUUGGAGUUGCACACUAUCGAUCAAUGUGUAAUCCAGAAAGUUCUUGUUUGGCUGUUCUUGAUCGUGGAUUUGGAACCGGACAUAUAAUAGCACAUGAACUAGGACAUCAAUUGGGUGCUAAACACGAUUUUGAACUAAACUCUGAUUGUGGUUUACAGGAACAAAAUCGGAAUACAGAUAUACCUGCAUGGAGUGGAACAGAUGAGUUAAAGUUGGGUACAUAUCCAUAUCAUGAUUGGGAAUAUAGAGAGAGCUAUUGGAAUCCAGAUGUACAUCAGUAUGAAUUCACAAAAAGAGAUACAAUCAUGUCUGGAACAUUAUACUUUGAUAACUUCCCCUUGAGAUGGUCUGCAUGUAGCCGCCAAGCAAUACAUUCGUUUAUAGAGUCAAAUACAGCUAACUGUCUACGACGCCUAAACGCUGAAUCAACAUUGUAUUCAGCGGAGAAAUUAGCGGGUCAAUAUGUGGACAAUCGUCCUGGACGAAUAUUUUCAUUAAAUCAACAAUGUGAAUUUGUUCUGAAAAUUAGAGGAACACAAUUUUGUGGUCAAAUGCUUCCAGUUUGCCGUCAACUUUACUGUCAAGAUAGUGAACACAAAUCUUGCUUACCCAUGGAAGCAGCUUGGGCUGAAGGAACACCAUGUGGAGAUAACAAGUGGUGCAUUCAAGGACAGUGCGUGUCGACUAACGAAAAUCCAACUCCCUCACACGGAGUACAAUUUUCAGAGAGGGAAUGUAAUAAUCCUGAACCUCAGCAUGGAGGAGAUUUUUGUCAUGGAACGAGAACAAGAAUGCGCUCAUGUGGAACUGAACCAUGUGAGAAAGUGAUAAAUAUACGUCAAAUAUUGUGCGAUCAAAUUGAUGGCCCAUAUACAGGACAACUAAGAGCAUAUUUCCCAAAACUUGGUGAGCCUACAUCAUGCAAUUUGAUAUGUCUGCACAACUCACACUCUAUUCCGCAUAGGUUCAGUUUACCGGAUGGUACUCCAUGUUAUUCACAAAGAGAUGAUAUAUGCAUUAAAGGCAAAUGUUGGGAAACUGGUUGUGAUGGUAUCCUAGGAUCUCGUUUACGCUUUGAUCGUUGUCGAGUCUGUGGUGGAGACAAUAGUACAUGUGAAGAAAUCAAGGGAGUUUUUAAUGGGAAUGCUAUGACUCCGCCUGGUAUGCAUUUACGUGGCUUAAUCACAGCUGUUCGUAUUCCUAGGGGAGUUACAAAUGCAUUCGUUCGAAAAGUUUCCGAUCGAAGUACGCCGUAUUCUUCGGAUUCUUAUGAUGACUUCAUGCUAUUGAUAUUUGAAGAAUUAAAAACUCAAAUACGCAGAGGUGAAACAAGAGAACCAUUCGCUGGAGCUGAACUUUACUACAGUGGUAGUCGAAGCCGUGAAGAAAUUGUCUCCAUCACUGGAAGGCUCAAUAAAGAUGUAAAUAUUGUUAUUCGUGUAGAGAAUACACAUACAACUCAGUCAUUGCCAACAGUGGAAUACAGUUAUUUUAUCGAUAAAUCUCAACAGAAUAGCCCAUUAUACUUUAUUGCUGAAAAUGAAGCCCGACUGGCUGAAGACAGAGUGAAUCGUCGUACUGGAAGAUCCCAGAAUGCUGUCUCAUUAUUUGCAGAACCUGAUAAAUUAAUGGUCCCAUUGCAGAAUAACCCUACCAGUGAGAUAGGACGUCAAAGAAAGAGACAAGAGAAACCACAAAUAUAUUUUGUUUGGAGGAUAAGUGAACUUCCAACUGGCUGUACUACAUGUGCAGGGAACGUUACAACACAUGCAGAAUGUUAUCCAUUAGUUCCUAAAGAAUCUGAAAGAAGUCAAUUCUCACAGUUUGAUCUCUUCAGACCAGUAUCUGAUUAUCGAUGUUCUUCUACACCCCGACCUCCACCUGUUUUUAGACGUUGUUCAGAUUAUUGUGGUGUACGAUGGACAGCUAAACCAGUACCAACAUCGAAAUCAUCAAAUAAUGCCAAUGAAAUUCAUACAAGCAGCUGCUCUGCACGAUGUGGUGAAGGUCACCAAGCUGUUUUCUAUGUUUGUGAAGAAUACAUUGUACCUGCUGAGCAAAAAGAUAAGUCAAAAGGGAUUUGGAGACCUGCUCAGCUUGGAGAAAUUGUAUGUCAUAAAGCAGGCCUAGGAAGUGCUACUUCACAACCAGCUUAUAUAACUUGUAAGGGUUCAUGUUAUCCAGUAUACUGGACCCUAUCAAACUGGACAAAAUGUUCACAUUCUUGUGGAGGUGGAAAACGUAAACGAACUCUUCAGUGUCAAGAUGAGAUAGGAGAAAAUUGGCCGAUUAGUGAAUGCAUAGUCCACGGUGAAUCAGUAGUUCAUCAUUUAAAAGCACCAAAACAAGUAAUUACUUUCAAGUUAGCACAAAAGAUCAUUGAUGAAUAUGAUCAGAAUAAUGAUCCAAAUAAAGUAUCAUUUGAGCAUAGCUUCUAUAUUGAGGAAUUUACUGACUGCUUCUCCUUAGACGAUUGUCGAAAUGAUAUAACCUGGUCUGUUAGUGAAUGGUCUGAAUGUGAACCUUUAGAUGACAAAAUGAAAUCAAUCUGUCGUUUAUUUGAUAGUAAUGUGAACCAUGAAGAUUUCAUAAGCAAAAUGAUUGGUGUCCACCAUCGCAAUGUUUCAUGUUUACUGAACAAUAACGAUAAUUAUCAUCCAUCUUUAAAGAAGUAUAUCAUAUCUGAACAAUCAUUAUCUAAGCAGACUAUAAACAGAAAAAGGUUGAAUUUAGAAUUCUGUCGUAAAGCAAGUAUACUAGGAGAAUUGAUUGAAGAACCAUUUAGCCGGGAAGCAUGUAAUCAACUUAUUUGUUACAGGUGGGGCAAUGGACAAAUGACUUCGUGUUCUGUCACUUGUGGAACAGGAAUGAAACAAAUUAAAAUACCAUGUGAACGGAUUAGCUUAAAACAUGAAACCGAUGCAUCCAAUGAAAAGAAAGUUGUAUUGGAAAGUAUCGAUAUAGUGAAUAGUGAUAAAUGUAUGGAAAGUCUUCAGUAUAUUCCACGGUUAUCUACUGAUAAGAUGAACAGAACUGUUUAUGUGGAAACUAUUGAAAGACAAAUAAUCGAUAAAGAUGCUAUACCCUUGAAAAUUGAUGAUAUAAAUCAGCCUAUUGUUUUACCGUGUAAUGAAGAUCCCUGUGAAUUACGAGUACCAGCUUGGAGAACUACAUCGUGGAGUUCUUGUUCUAGUUCUUGUGGACUAGGUGUUAAACAAAGGCAAGCGAUGUGUGUCAUCGAGAUUCAAUCAAAUCAACCCAAAAUGAACCCAUCUAAGCAUGAUUCAGAAGUGUACACAUCUAUAUUUACAGCGAGUCGAUCAGAUGUUGGAAUUGUUGAUUCACAAAUUUGUCAUACAGCAUUAUUGCCUAAACCAACAGAACAAGAAACUUGUCUUGAGGCACCAUGUCCUGUAUGGCGUACAGAGGACUGGCAAGAAUGUGAUGGUGUAUGCGAGUAUGGAAUACAACGUCGCCAAGUUCGAUGUGUCAUUGAAUUAGAUUCAUCUCAGUUAUCCAGCAAUAACCUGUCUACAGAAGAAAAGAAUGAUUCAUUAAGAUUACUUUUAAAUAAUCCUGAUUCAUCUGCACUAAUAAGACGCUCACGUUCAGCAAAUGUAGUGGAUGUAGAUCAUGAACGUUGUCGAAAUGCUGGUAUCAAACCGAUUUCUGAACGGCCUUGUUUAAUCAAUAUCAGAUGUCCUUAUUGGUAUAAAAGUGAAUGGUCUAAAUGUUCAGUCAAAUGUGGAAUGGGUAUGAGAUCACGUCAAGUGGAUUGUCGUUUUCCAAAUGGAACUUUGGUUGAUACAGAGAUAAUAAACAACAAUCAGACGGACUUCCAAACUUCAGAAAUAUUCCCAAUACGCUCACUGCAAAAAGUUGUUGAAAGUAUCAAACAAACAAGUGUUCUGAGAUAUAGUUGUAGUACUCCACGUCCUAUUGACAGUAUUGCGUGUAAAACACGUCCGUGUAGAAGACGCGAAGUAUUCUGGUGGCCUGUUACCACUUCUGAGUGUAGAGUAACAGGAUGUAAACUGGAUAAACGUGAACGAGUUAUAAAAUGCAUAAAUCCAAGACGUGGACCAGUUCAUGAUGCAGCAUGUAAUCAUUUAAUCAGACCAGUAAAUUGGACAAUUUGUGAAUUGUUUACGUGUAAAACUUUUGAAUGGUCAACAGGACCUUGGAAUUCAUGUCCAGAUACUUGUGGAUCAAGAAUGAAAUAUAGACAGAUUACAUGCGUAGAUGAUUUAGGCAAUGAAUACUCUGAAUCAUUGUGCCCAGCGAAUCUCAAGCCUAAUAGCUGGAGUGUCUGCCCAAACUUAUGUUCAGAUGUUCCCAAAAGUUGUUGGGAGUUUAAACAUCGUUUUCCUUCAGCUGAUGAUGGUACAUAUCAAUUAUUAAUUGAAAGUUCCUUAGUUUAUAUAUACUGUGCAAACAUGGGGACACCAAAUCCAUCAGAAUACAUCACUUUGCGUCAAAUCAACUACGCUGGAUCUUCCGAAUUCUUACAACCAUAUCCUGAUUCCAACUGGUGUCCUACAUUCAAUGGAACAGCUUCACCAUUCAAUUCAUCUGAAAAUAUCUAUCACACUCAUUCAAAUAUUGACUUAUCGAAAGAAAUCUCCGAAUCUCUGUUAACAAGCAUGGAAGUGAAUGCUAUGAAUUGCCCGAAUUGUCCAUCUAUACCAAAUUUAGCCUCUAAAACAUUUUAUCAUAAAAUAAGACUGGAUAUAUAUAAAUUAGAAGUAAAACUUGACGAUGCGCGAUUUUCACACACUAUUGGUUCAUCAAUAAUGCCUUAUGCAACUGCAAAGGAUUGUUUCUCAUCCACUGUUUGUCCACAGGGACAAUUUCAGAUUGAUUUAAGAGGUACAGGUUUUCAGGUGAGUGUUAAAACACACUGGACCGUGAACAGCAAUACUGAAGGAAUAUCUCACAUAUAUCGACUACAUGAUGGACAAGUAAUACGUGGUCGGUGUGGAGGCAGAUGUACAGGAUGUUGGCCACAACCAGGGCUAUUCCUCGAUGUUGUAACAGACCAACGAUUAAAUCACUCCAUUGAAUAA